CUUAAAACAAACAAUGGCAGCAACACCCCACCAUUACAAUCUGCCUAUAGAUACACUCAUUGUAUCUAUCUUCAUUUUUCUUCCAUUUGUACCCCUUACAACCUGUAACUCAAUCCAUGAUCUCCUGAAGAGUAGGGGCUUACCAGCAGGGCUCUUCCCGCAAAACGUUAAGUCAUAUGAUCUUGACCAAAAUGACUGUCUACAAGUUUACUUGGAGGAGCCAUGUGUGGCCAAGUUUGAGACGAGGGUUUUCUUUGAGAGUGUAGUCAGGGCUAACCUGAGCUAUGGUGGACUCAUUGGUUUGGAGGGUCUGUCUCAAGAAGAGCUGUUUCUUUGGUUGCCUGUGAAGGGUAUUAAAGUCAUUGAUCCAUCAUCUGGAUUGAUCUUGUUUGAUAUUGGUUUGGCUUUUAAACAGCUCUCUCUUUCUCUUUUCGAAGAACCACCUGUUUGUGUUCCCAAAGAUGUCCAAUUGGAGGCUUAUGGAAGGAAGGAGUUGGGAUUUCAAAAUCUGCGAAGAUGAAAAGAAAAGGAAACCAGAAGGAAUGGUGGACCUAUUCUUCUUGAUUUUUUGAUUUGGUUCUCUGUUUUUUAUGUUUUCAGUUUUUGUUUUCAUUAAUUUUCUUCUUGUUGUUUUGAUUCCACCAACACUUGGUUGUUGUUUGAGGCUGAGAAAAUGGAAACGGAAGAUGUUGUUUGAAUACAAAUAAUUCCUUUGGGUUUUAGGUUUAGAUUAAUGUGUCA